AUGCUAUCAUUCCAUUCUAUAGCCGGUGUUCUGGACCCGGCAAGUCACUACAAGUAUAACUUUGGAAAAAGUCUAUCACACGUGAAUGCACUCAAUGCAGCACUUAAGAAGUUGGCUAGUCCUUCAGAGUUCAUUGCUAUGAUUCCUGAAGUUCACUCUUAUGUCAAUACAAGAGGGGCUUUCGAAGGCAUGUACCCUCGUAAUGCAGCUGAAAAGGUGUCCCCAACUGAGUGGUGGAUAACAUUUGGAGGAACUACACCGGUGCUUCAAAAGUAUGCUAUUCGUAUUGUCUCUCAAUGCACCUCUUCAAGUGACUGUGAGCGGAAUUGGAGCACAUACGCUUUAGUGCAUACACUAGUGAGGAACCGUCUUGGUUUUGAAAAGUUGCACAAGAUGGUUUUUUGCCACUACAACCUUGGGCUGCGAAUCCGACUAAUUCUUGGUGAGCCAAAAGAGAAAGAGGUUGAUACUUGUGCGUUGUUGAUGAAUACCACUCUCUAUGAUUGUAAUAACGAAAUCAUGGAUUGGUUGGGCAACUCAACAAGCGAUUCCAUUCAAGAUGAGGAUGAAUAUGAUGGUGAUAGUGAUGGUGAUGGUGAUUGUCCGGUUGUCUUAGAGGUGGUGGGACAAAAGAGAUCUAGAGGAAGUGGGAUGCCUCCAAGUGAGGAGGAAGAGGAUGUAGAUGAUGGGGAGGAUGAUGAAGGUAACAAUGACGUGCUGCCUCGUGAAAGCAAUGAACCUUUGCGGAAGUCUACAAGGAAAAGGAGGAAGAGGAAGCUUGAUUCGUUUUGAGAUUCGAGGAAGGAGACUUGCAAGUCUAGAAGGAAUUGAAUGACAAUUUGGUUUGUUGCUCAAUGCUUUGUAGUAUGUAAUUAACGAAUCGACGAUCUUUUGUUAUGGGACUGUAAUAUGGACUGGCUGCACUUCUUUUGUUGUUGGACUGCUAUGUGUG